AGAGAGAGAGAGCGUACACUCCCUCACACACGCUUCAUUGUCCCACAGCCUGGAGAGCAGCGGAGGAAUCACCGUCAGUCCAUCCGCUGUCUGCAGCCUCAUUCCCGGAUCUUUCUGCUGCUCCUUUGUCGCCUUCACACCGGCUCAUUUCCAUAAUCAUGAACCGAGUGUGAGUGGCUCUGCACCGGCUUUGGACUGAGCGACACCUGCUCUCUCUCUCUCUCUCUCCACGCUUCAUUGUCCCACAGCCUGGAGAGCAGCGGAGGAAUCACCGUCAGUCCAUCCGCUGUCUGCAGCCUCAUUCCCGGAUCUUUCUGCUGCUCCUUUGUCGCCUUCACACCGGCUCAUUUCCAUAAUCAUGAACCGAGUGUGAGUGGCUCUGCACCGGCUUUGGACUGAGCGACACCUGCUCUCUCUCUCUAUCUCACACACACACACACACACACACACACACACACACACACACACACACACACUCUCCUUUCCUCUCUUUUGUCUCUGACAUCUUUGCUGCGCUGAGGAGGAGGAGGAGGAGGAGGAGGAGCGGCGUGUACCUGACACCUCCAGCCGCGCGGCGCAGCUCUCUGCUCGGUCUGCCCGCCUUUCUCUCGCCUGGUUACCGGAGCUCUGAGCAGUUUGACCCGGGAACGCUGCUCCUGCUGACAGACUGAAACAUUCAUGAGAUAAAAAUAAAAUCAAAAAUCAAAAAUCAGAAGUGUGCUUGAGUCGGAGCAGAAUCUGCAGGAUUGUCGUGCUGACUGGAAGAACACAGGGACUUACACUCUGGAGAAGAUGAUGCGUCUCCCGGUGCUUCUCUCUCUGCUGCUGUGUCUGGCUGCAGCACCGGGCCCGGUGACCGGGGCGGACAGAAGCUGCACCGACCUGCGGCAGUUCUACACCGGGAAAGGGUUCAUUCUCACCGGGGUACCCCUGACAGAAAUCUCUGGUGAACAUCUGAGGAUGUGUCCUCAGGGUCCGACCUGUUGUACCAGCGACAUGGAGGAGAACCUGGCCAGCCUGAGCACCCGAGAGACGGAGGGUCUGAUCAGAGAAGCCGGCAGGUCGCUGCAGGCUGCCUUCAACGCCCUCCACAGGAGCUUUGACACCUAUUUCACGGAGCUGCACGGCCGCUCGGAGCGCUCCCUGCAGGAGGCGCUGUCCCCGCUCGGCCCUCUGUUCUCCCAGAACACUCGUCUCUACGGAGAUCUCUACACCGACCUGCGGCAGUACUACCGAGGCUCUGCUCUCAACCUGGACGAGACCCUGACUGAGUUCUGGUCCCGCCUGCUGGAGCGGACCUUUAAAACCUCUGCACCAACAGACGUCAACCUGUCAGAGGACUACCUUGAAUGCGUUGCUAAGCAACAGGAGACGCUGCGGCCAUUUGGAGAUGUCCCACGGGACAUGAAGGCGAAGGUGAUCCGGGCUUUUGUCACAGCCAGGUCGUUUGUCCAGGGGCUGGUCAUCAGCGGGGAGGUGGUCAGGAAGGUGUCGCAGGUGUCUCUGAGCCCCGAGUGCACGAAGGCCCUGAUGAAGCUGGUUUACUGCCCCCACUGUCGCGGCUUGGCCUCCAUCAAACCCUGCUCCAACUACUGCUCCAACGUCAUGAAGGGCUGCCUGGCCAAUCAAGCUGACCUGGACACCGAGUGGCAGAACCUCAUAGACACGAUGAUCCAGGUGGCCUCCAGUUUCAGCAUGGAGCCCAGUCUCGACGUGGUUCUGUCCUCCAUCCCAGCUCGGAUCUACGAGGCCGUUCACUUCCUGCAGGAAAACAUGGACGCGUUCACGGCAAAAGUGUACCAGACGUGUGGAACUCCAGGUGAACCAGGAACAGGAAGUCCCACCCUUCAUGAGCAGAGGAAGAAGAGCGGCUCGCUGACUGCAUCCGAGUACAAACCGUCUCCAACAGCUGGACUCAGACUCGAGAUGCAGGUGUCAGAUCUGUCCAGUAAGCUCAGGGAGAUGCGGCAGUAUUGGACCCAGCUCCCUGUGGCACUUUGCAGCAAACUGGCAUCAGGAGGCGCCGGUCAGGACAAAUGCUGGAACGGCAUGACGAAGGCCAGGUAUCUUCCAGAGGUGAUGGGUGACGGCUUGGCCAAUCAGAUCAACAACCCAGAAGUGGAGCUUGACAUCACGAAGCCAGACAUGACCAUCCGGCAGCAGAUCAUGCAGCUGAAAAUCAUGAGCAACAGGCUGAAAAACGCACUGGAUGGCAACGACGUGGACUUCCAGGAUGCAAGCGAUGACAUCAGCGGCUCAGGCAGCGGGAUGUGUGUCGGCGGUCAGUGUUCUCGAAACAGGCCGGGAUUGUACGCCUUCCCUCCGGAAAACAAGGUCCGAGCCGCGGCCUCGUCUCAGACCCGCCUCUGUAGCCUCCUACUCCUGCUCCCAUUGGCCGUCCUGCUGCUGCUUCAGCGAUGAUGGACCGCCGCCGCUGCCUCCAAUCAGACUCUGAAGUCUAGACCAUGGGAUGGACAAAAAGGGGUUUUGGUGGGAGGGAAUUGGAACUUAACUUUGCCAAAAAAAAAAAUAAUGAAAAAGACCUUUUGGGGGAAUGAAUGGACAUUUUCUUUAACCGAGAGGAGCAAAAAAUUAAGGUACAAUAUUCUUUUUAUUUUGUUUUGCUGACAUUUGGAUAUGUCGUAGUUUGGGUGUGAUUUGUCCAUGUGGUGAUUUGUUGAGCUGGUUUCAAUGGAUUCUUGUGAUGAGGAUUGUCGGAAGAAGACGGAGACGAGAAAGACGGAAAAGAGACUGAUGAUGAUGAUGAAGGUGACGAUUGAUUGACACCCUAUCAGGUCCGUUUACCACCAGUUUCCAGUCACAGUGAAACUCUGUUUAGUUCCUCGAUAUGUGGUGCGUUCAACAAGGCUUUUUAAAUUCAUUUCAUUUUCUAGUCGAGGUCGUCUACCUUAACAAACAUUGUGUAAGUUGUAAAUGUUUGUGUACAUUAGCUAAAAAGACUGGCACCAUACUGAGCCAUGAAUGUACAGUAUAAUACUAUAUUGGCAUUGAAUCUCCCUCCAUGAUCGGUGGUGUAGUCGUCCAGAUGUUUCGGUGUGUGUCGGCAUAAACAGAUACAUUCAGUAGGUGUACUGCAGAUGAAAUGUACGAGAUGUUGUCACUCUCACUCUAUAACCAAACCAUUUCAACAGAAAAACAACGUUCAAAGCACAGACGAGCAGUUUCUUUAAGUCCUGGAAGUUGCACGUUAUUCUGACACGACGCUAAAGAGGAGUCCUUGUUGAACGCACACCUGCGUUACGUAACUGAUUGAAAUGAAGUCUUUAGAAGCGACACGGCGGCUGAUCUACAGUGAGUCAAACCAAAGCACUUUUUUUUUUUAACCUUUCCUUUGACAGAAGACAUUCCCCCCAAGUACGCCGAACAAUGAGCGGCGACGCUUUCACCGGCUUUUGUAAAAGACUUUGAGUUUUUGUACAUACAGCACAGGACACUGUCAGAGUAUCAACAUGUAAACAUUUGCCUGGUGAUAUAUCAUUUACUCGGCAUGCCUUCUUCUUCCAGUCUACACUCUACUAUACUGGUACAUACGGGACUCCUGAUUCACACAAGUCUCUUUGCACAUAACACACACAUACACUGACACACACCGGGGGUUGUGUAUUAAGCUGAUUUUUUUUUAAUGCAUCAGUGUAUUUAAUCACACAUUUCAUUCAUUAAACUCUGUUUGAUUGUAGCAGUGGAUUCCACAAUGUA